AUCAACCCUCCGUCUUUCUCUCUCUCUAUAUAAUAUAUACACACAUGUAAAUUGUAAUUUUCAUGAACAAAGUGAAUAGUAUAUCUCUGUUCGAAGUCGUAUUUGGAUUAAUCUUGAAUUGAAUGCAGGUUGAAAAAAAACAGAUUCAAAUCACAAGUGGAUAAGAAGUAAUCCCUGUUUUGUAGGACUCCAUAUCCCAUCUCCCCGAUUACUUAUCCCUUCUCCCACCCUCAUCAAUUCAUCACCAUGCUCUCUCUCAUAAUCCCAAUUUAAUCCCAUCAACACACAUGGAAAUUCAUUACUUAAAACAGAUGGAGGCAAAUUCCUCCUCCUCCCCCACCGCGCCUCGGCCUAGGGUUAUCGCAGGCCCGGUCAUCGUCGGCGCGGGCCCCUCCGGCCUAGCCGCGGCGGCGUGCCUCAAACAACGAGGCGUCCCUUCGCUGAUCCUCGAGCGGUCCAACUGCAUCGCGUCGCUAUGGCAGCUCAAAACCUACGACCGGUUAAAACUCCACCUCCCGAAGCAAUUCUGCGAGCUCCCUCUCAUGCCGUUCCUGCCGCACUUCCCGACCUACCCCGACAAGCGCCAGUUCGUCCAGUAUCUGGAGGCCUACGCGGAGCGGUUCGGGAUCAGGCCGGCGUUCGGGGAGGCGGUGGAGAGGGCCGAGUACGAUGAGAAGCUGGAGAUGUGGAGAGUGAAAACUGCGGGGGCGGAGUAUGUGUGCAGGUGGCUGAUUGUGGCGACGGGGGAGAAUGCGGAGGCGGUGGUGCCGGAGAUGGAGGGUCUGCGGGAGUUUGGGGCGGGGGGAGUGGUGCACACGAGCGGCUACAAGAGCGGGGAUGUUUAUGAAGGGAAGAGGGUGCUCGUCGUCGGCUGCGGAAACUCCGGGAUGGAGGUUUGCUUGGAUCUCUGCAAUCACAAUGCAAGCCCUUCUCUUGUGGUUAGGGAUACAGUGCACAUUCUACCACGAGAGAUGCUGGGGAGAUCGACUUUCUGGCUGUCCAUGUGGCUGCUAAAGUGGCUGCCUAUAAACAUUGUCGACCGGUUUUUGCUCAUCUCGUCAUGGCUCUUACUGGGUGAUACAUCCCGGUAUGGGCUCCACAGGCCCAAGGUAGGGCCUCUCGAGCUCAAGAGUCGAUCCGGGAAAACCCCGGUUUUGGACGUGGGAACCCUUGACAAGAUCAAAAGUGGAGACAUCAAGAUACGCCCAGGGAUUAAAAGGCUAAGGUACAAAUCAGCCGAAUUUGUGGAUGGAAGAGUGGAAACUUAUGAUGCAAUAAUCCUAGCAACUUGUUACAAAAGCAAUGUGCCAUGUUGGUUAAAGAAAAGUGAGAUGUUUUGUGAGAAAGAUGGGCUCCCAAAAAGGCCAUUUCCCAAUUGCUGGAAAGGCGAGUAUGGACUAUACGCGGUUGGGUUCACCAAACGCGGCCUUCUCGGGGCAUCCAUUGAUGCCAAGAACAUUGCUGCUGACAUCGAGGGCUCUUGGAAGGAAACUAUCUCACAGUCCAAAUACUCCCCGAGUUUCAUGCAAAAACACCUAUAGUCCAAAUAGUUGCCGAGUUUCUUCCCUUUUUAAUUAGGUCAUCGAGUGUCCGGCUAAUCAAUCUAUGUGAGGUGAGGGCCGGGAGGGAUGGCCCACGCCCGACCCUUAGUGCCCAAUGGGGUUUGAUAGAGAUCGCGGGAUGUACUCGAGCAAGAGCAUAAAUGGAUGUAAGAAAAUUGGAGAAUUUUGGGGGGUACUAAUGUUUGAAAGACAAAGGUUGGUGCCAUUGGAAUCUCCAUGGAAAAUUAAGGGUGAUUUUGUUAGGGUUAAUAGUACGUCGUACUAGGUGCAUUACAUUUUGUACAGGGAUAUUUUUCUAAUUUCACUAUUGAUUAUUGACUUUUAGUUGCUAGGUAAAGAAUUCUUGAAGCAGAAUGGUGUGGUUGAAUAAUAUCAUAAUUGAAUUCCUGCAA